UUUGGGUCGGGGCGAGAGCCCUGAGGCUGAAGUUGGCACUAGUUGUCCCAAAAAACCGAGGACAACUGUGUGGAAGAGGACGGCUAGUGGCGAUGUCAGGUAGCUCGUGGAGUGGUUUUUGUCCCGUUUUGAGCUGUCUGUCUGAUGCCCUAGCUCUUGUCUGUAGCCCUGGUCCUGCGCCCAAGCAGAGGCGAGUGGUGGAGGAGGGAGCUCAUGCUGCUGCUGCUCCUGAUAUGGCAGAGUCAUCGAGGAGGGCUGGUGGGGCGGGAUCGCGGCCUUCGGAAGAGAUCCCUGUUGGUGAGCCCAUCGUUCCUCCUUACAAAGGUUCGAAGGCUCUUCCAUUUGCUCGACUGCUUCACGAGGAUAGGACAGCAGGUGCUUCGCCAGGAGUUGAUGAGGAGUCGAGUGAUAGCCUCUUGGAGGAGAUUAGGGCAUCGCCUCCUCCCUUUGAAUACUAUCAUGGCGAGCAGCUUGAAGAUGAUCCGCAGUUGACGGCUGGGAACAUGAAGAAAUUUCAAGCCGUUGUGCGGGAGUUCACCAGGUUUUCUGUGCAAAUGGCCAAUUGGUCAUAUCUGAAGUCUCAGAAGCUGAAAGCGACUGAGGCGGAUCGUCAGAAGAUCGCUCUGCUAGAGGCGGAGAAUGCUGCUUUGAAGAAAGACAAAGCCGCGCUCGAGCAAAGGGUCAGGAUGCGGAAGGAGGUGAUCCAGAAAAACCGAGAUAACCUCUUGAUCUAUGGUACUCAAGAGCACCAGAAAGAGUUGCAGGAGCUUCGAGUGGCAGCACAGACUAUGGUCGAGUCCGUAGGUUCCUCCGAGGAGUCUGAUGGCAGUUUGGCUGAUCGGCUGUAG